AUGCGGUACCAUGUGCUUGGUGUAGGAGCCAUUGGAACCCUCGUCGCGCAUCACCUUCGUCACUCCACCCCCUCCCCUGUCUCCCUCAUCUACCGCCACGCCCGCAAAGUCGGACCCAAAAAAGCCGAAACGCCCACCGAGCGGCCCCCUCUCUCCAUCUUUGUUAAACGCGGCGAGACCGGAUCCCAGUCCACAGGCUUCGACAUUGAAAAGGUGCACGAUGCGGCUCAUCGUCCGGACCUCUUGACCGGAGUCACCCCGGAAGCGCAUAACGGGCAGAUCGACUCCCUCAUCGUCUGCCUCAAAACACCGGAUACACUCCUGGGUGUCCAGAGACUAUCCCCUCGCCUGACCUCUGCGUCGGUCAUUACGCUCCUCCAAAAUGGGAUGGGAGUGUAUGAUCAGCUAUGCCAAGAGCUCUUCCAGGACCCCAUGACCCGCCCGCAGUUCAUCCUCGGUACGACCACCCACGGUGUCACACGGACACGCUCGCAUGGCGUCAUCAGACACAUGAGCAGGCCAGGCGAGGGAGAAAUGAAGUUUGGGGUCGUGCCUGACCCCAGAGGAUUGGUGGAUAUCAACGAGUGGAUAUGGCCGGGAAAGGACGUUUCCGCAGAUCACAUCAUCACUCCUCCACCCUCACCGGCACUCCCCCUUCCCCCUCCACCCACCGCAUCCUUCGUCAACCUCCACAACACCCUCAACACUCUGCUAUCCCUGUCGGAACUCUCACCAUCCCUCCUCCCAAUGCCACACCUCCACCACCAGCUCCUCCUUAAACUCGCCAUCAACUCGGCCAUCAACCCCCUUACCGCCAUCCUCGGACUUGGCGCUCUUCCCAACGGCGCCCUUUUGUCAAAUGACGCGGGCUACAAGCUCAUCCGCGAUAUCCUCGCCGAAACCUCUCGCAUCCUCUUAUCCUACAUCCACUCCCUGUCCGCUCCGGACGUACCUUCCGUCGACGUCCUCCGACUCUUUUCGGAGGAAUCACUCGAGAGGCGGUGCUUUGCCGUCAUACGUGAGACGAAAAAGAACACCUCGUCCAUGGCGGCCGAUAUAGCCAGGGGCAAAGUCACCGAGAUUGCCAAUAUCAACGGAUACCUCGUCUCCCUCGCGGCACGCUUGGACGUCCCGGCGCCAACACACAAGAUGCUGGUCGAUAUGGUCAAAUACAUCUCGGCCGUGUCGCAUCCCAUGUCAGUGGUGGAGAACAAGCAUAGGCUGCCACUGCGGGGUGUACGGAGCUAUGCGGAGACCCUGAGGCUUCAGGCCGAGGCGGGAGGGGAGGGAACAGCGGAGGUGGCGAGGGCGGGAACACAAGAAUCAGCGGAUAUUGAAAAGCCAGUCGUAGAAGUGGAAAACGCUUCGGUCACGGAGAGGAGGGAGCAUGAGCUCGAGGUCCGGCGGAAAGCCCUGGCCGUGAGACAGGCAGAGGAGAGGGCGGCAAUCACAGCUCGGAGGAGGGAGAGAAGGGCAGAAAAGGAGGCACGGAGGGUGUUGUCUCCUGAGCGCAGGAAAACGGUGUACGGGUCGUGA